AAGAAGAGGAGGAUGAGCAUGAGGACGUGAGAGUUGAUAGUGCUGCCGACCAUGUCAUGUCUCUAUGUCCGAGCAUGGGUCCCUGACCGAUGGCCAUCUUGAUACGGAUAUCGAGGAUGCUGAUAACGAGUUUGAGGAUGGUGGAGAGGGUGGUGGUGGUGUUCAACCGACCCAGGACCGCUGAAAGGAUGCUGGAUAUGGAAGCGGAGAGAGAGGAUAUGGAGGAAGGAAGAGGAGGAGAGGAGGAGGAGGAGGAGGAGGAGGAGGAUGCGGUGCUGCUAGGCACUGAGAAGAGGGAGGAUAUGGAGGAGGAGGAGGAGGAGAGGGAGGAGGAUGGGGAGAGGGAGGCUGAUGAUGAGGUGAUGCUAGGCAGCGUGGCUGGGGAUGCGUUCCUCCAAACAGGCAGCCAUCCAGGGAGUCAUGUGGAUGAGGAGCUUGGUGCUGGUAGCGAGGAGGGCAGUAUGGAGGAUGGCGAGAGAGAUGAGAUCGAGGAGGAAGAGGUGGAGGAGGAGGAGGGUCGGAGUGAGAAGGGUUUGAAGCACCAUUCGGAUGGCUUGGAUGUUGGAGAGGAAGAGCAGAGGGAGCAUGAGGGAGGGUGGGGAGGAGGAUGGGGAGGAGGAGGAGGAGGAGCACGAGGAGAGGAUGAGGUGGAGGAAGGUUAUGAGGAGGAGGAGGAUGGGGAGAAGAGGAAGGAGAUUGAGCGGUGGAUUGAGGUGGCAGAGAGGGAGCUGGCGCAGCAGAGCCCGGGGGCUGGCAGCAGGCGCAGUGGCAGCGGGGUGAGCAGCAUUGACCUGAGCUUUGAGGUUGAUAUCAGCAGGAGUAGGAGUAGGAGCAGGAGCACAUGGGAGGAGCAGAAGCAGGAGCAGAAGCAACCACAGCAGCAGAGCAAGAAGCAAGCAUUCACAGCAGCAGGAGCGGGAGCAGGAGGAGGAGCAGGAGCAGGGGCAGGGGCAGCAGUAGAAUCACGAGCAGCAGAAGUGGGAGUGGGAAAAGGGAGAGUGUGGCAGAUAGUGCAACGAGGGGGGAGGAGGAGUGUGGACGGGAGUGUGAAAUCAAGUGAGAAAGCAAGUGAGAGCGAGAGAGGAAGUGCCAGCAAGAGUGUGAGUGGUAGUUGGAGCGAUGGGACGAGCAAGCACAGUGCUACAGGCAGUGCUACAGGCAGUGCUACAGAUAGUGCUAAGGGAUCCGAGACUCAGAGUGGCAGUGAGCGGAGUAAGUGUGAGUGAGCAUGGUAGUGGGCAUGGGAGUGUGCAUGGAAGCAAACAUGGGAGUGGCGUGUUGAGUGGAUCACAUAGUGUAAAUGAGAGCGGCGUGCUCAGUGGG